CUGGUACUUGGUGGAGGCCGUCCGUCCAAUCUGAGACACCCAGAUGGAGGGAACCAAAUAUUUGGUUUAUCUACUGCUUUUGUUGUGGAAAUCGCAUGCGUUCCAAGAUAUUGAUGAGCUGAGUUCUAGGGAGGUGAAACGGAUUUUGUAUCGAAUUCAAGAAAAUUGCCCUGAUAUCACAGCCACAUAUGACCUCUCAUACAACAAUAUCACGCACACGAAAAUGGGGAACACACUGUCUGUCAUAGUGUUCGGUGAAAACCCAAAGGCGCACAUACCAGGUGUUCCCGAGUUCAAAUAUGUUGCUGGUAUGCAUGGAGAUGAGUCAGCAGGAAGGGAGCUACUCUUGAGACUGGCAAACUAUCUGUGUGAGGAAUACUCAACUGAUAAUCCUUUGGUUCGCAAAAUUAUCCACACCACUCGCAUCCAUCUGCUCCCCUCGAUGAACCCUGAUGGCUACGAUUUGCGCUCACACUAUAACGCCGGGGAUCAAUCACCAGGAAGAUUUAAUGCGAAUGGGAUUGAUUUGAACCGGAAUUUUCCUGAUGUGGACAAGCAAUAUUUCAGAAUGAAAAAUGGUUCGAGCAGGGACCUGGAUCACUUCCCGGUAGAUAAUACUAAGGAGCUGGAGAUUGAAACAAAGAUGAUUAUCGAAUGGCUUCGAGCUAUCAACUUUGUGUUGUCUGCCAACUUUCACGGCGGGGCUGUUGUAGCGAAUUACCCUUUCGAUUCUUCACCGGAUAAUCAGGCUGUCUUGAGCAAAACCCCAGAUCAUCCUAUUUUUCUCGAACUAGCUCAUGCAUACGCCGAUUAUCAUCCCCGUAUGCGCCAAAGUGCUUACAGGUGCAAAAAUGACACCGAUCAAUUUAGACAUGGCGUUGUUAAUGGCGCACAAUGGUAUCCUGUCAGCGGGGGAAUGCAAGAUUACAAUUACUUGGCCACAAAUGCGUUCGAAAUUACAUUGGAAGUGAGCUGUGAGAAAUUCCCCGAUGAAAUCAGUCUGUUGAAACUUUGGAGUGAGAACAUCGAUUCACUAUUAAACUUUCUAAUACAGGUGCACCGCGGAGUGAAGGGACAAAUAUUUGGCUAUGAUAAUAAUGAAGUGAUCCCGCUCGAGAACGCCAAAGUCGUGGUUUUCAAUUAUACACAACCGGACAAUCCGUUCAUGAUUGAACACAAUAUUUGGUCAGGAAAAGAUGGUGAUUACUAUCGACUUCUCAAUCGAGGUAUCUUCCGAAUAAGGUAUGAAGCACCGGGAUACGAUGCUGCAACUACGUGUGUUCGUAUAGACACGACACCCAAAGUGGAUGAGCAACUUUCACCUGCGCAAGUGUUGAAUGUUCUUCUAGUCAAAUCUGGUCAAAGUAUUACUUCGGACGCUGUCUUUAUCAAGCUCCCGAAGAUCGACACUGUCUCUGGGAUUACCACACGAUGUGAUGUGUGGGAAGGCGCUGAACAACAGUUCGGAUCGAGUGCAUUCGAGGAGCCGAGCUCAUUCGACUACGCAGCGUCGGAGGAGUAGAGAUAUGCCUAGAGAACAAAUGUAUAUCUAUCUUCCCUCCUUUAAUAAACAACCUUUGCGCAUCAUUCGUCUUUAGCAGCUUCCUUUACAUUUUCAGAUGCUUUGCACACUUUACUUAACGGUAAAACAC